AAGGGGAAGAUUAAAUUGUGUGACUGUAAGAGAGAGAAAGCUGACUGUACGAAUAGCGAAUAGUAAGUAAAUGGCAGUAGAGAUUAGUGGCGAGAUGGUAACAGACGAGACAGAAAAAAAUGAUUCAGAUGAUGAAACCAAGCCGAUCCAAAAAGUUAUUGCAGCUGUUGUUCGUGAAUCGAGGAGAACUUUUCUUAUUGCUUCCUGUUUCAGUUACAGAGUGGCACAGUGUUUCGAGUCUCGUAGCCAGGAUUAGCUUUUCAGAGGUCUUCAAUUAUAUAUUAUUAUUACUCCUAUUAAUUAUUUAUUAAGGUUUUGGUUUAGUUCAAGUUUUAGGUCACAGUGAACGGAAGUGAUUGUAAUUUUGUGUCAAUGGAGAGAUGUGGGGAUUUGGAAGGAGGAGAAGGAGGAGAUCGUGCGUUGUAUAAGGAGUUAUGGCAUGCGUGUGCGGGUCCACUUGUGACGGUGCCUCGUCAAGGCGACAUCGUUUUUUACUUUCCUCAAGGUCAUAUAGAGCAGGUUGAAGCGUCGAUGAAUCAAGUGUCUGAUCAACAGAUGCCUGCUUAUGAUCUUAAUGCCAAGAUACUUUGUCGUGUUGUCAAUGUUCAAUUGAAGGCUGAACCGGACACUGAUGAAGUUUUUGCUCAAAUAACUUUGCAUCCGUUAUAUAAAAAAUGCGUGGCAUGGCAGCAUGAGGAGGAUACGGUGGAGAAGGAAGUGGGGCCUCCGCCUCCACGUCCUCGAGUCUAUUCCUUCUGUAAGACUUUAACGGCGUCUGAUACAAGCACUCACGGUGGAUUUUCAGUGUUGAGACGGCACGCUGAGGAAUGCCUGCCUUCUCUGGACAUGUCCAAACAGCCUCCUACUCAGGAGUUGGUGACCAAGGACUUGCAUGGAAAUGAGUGGCGUUUUCGCCACAUCUUUCGGGGUCAACCGAGGAGGCAUCUUCUUCAAAGCGGUUGGAGUCUUUUUGUCAGCUCAAAGAAGCUUGUAGCUGGAGAUGCUUUUAUUUUCCUCAGGGGUGAAACUGGGGACCUUCGUGUUGGGGUACGACGUGCUAUGAGGCAACCCAGUACAGUUUCUUCUUCAGUCAUAUCAAGCCACAGUAUGCAUAUUGGUGUUCUUGCAACAGCAUGGCAUGCUGUUAAAACAGGCACAAUGUUUUCUGUCUACUACAAACCCAGGACUAGCCCUGCUGAGUUCAUGGUUCCUUAUGACAAAUAUACGGAGUCUGUGAAGAACAACUACACCAUAGGAAUGAGAUUCAAGAUGAGGUUUGAAGGUGAAGAGUCUCCAGAACAGAGAUUCUCAGGCACUGUAAUUGGAGUUGAAGAUGCAGAUCCAGUUAAGUGGCCUGGUUCAAAAUGGAGAUGUCUUAAGGUGCGUUGGGAUGAAAAUUCUCCUCAUCAUCGACCAGAGAGGAUUUCUCCAUGGGAAGCAGAGUUUUCUCUGGCUUCUCCCCAGGAUGCCCUUCCACUCUGCCGAAUGAAAAGAUCUCGUCCAAACAUCGCAUCAUCAUCUACUAGUUCCUCCAUGCUCACAAAGGAAGGUUCAUCAAAAAUCACUGUAGACCCUUCUUCAGAUUUUGAAACUUCAAGAGCCUUGAGAGGCAGAUUUCCUGGGAACAAUGAAUCAUCCAUUUCUCAAAGUGCUGCUGUACGAACUCCAUCACAAGGUUCUCAGAGCUUGCACGAAUCCUGCAAAAUUUUUCAGUCCUUUGUUGAGCGGAAUGCUGAAGAUGUUGACCAAGUGAAAAUACAUGAUUUAGAUCAGGAAAGCAUAUUCAAGUUGCUUCCAAGGUCCAUGAUGCACAUAAAGUCCCCAUUUAACAUGGUGGAGCCCAGCAGAAAAAUUCGUGCAGUGGAAGAUAAAGAGAUGCAAUGCCAGGAUGCUUUAAAUAUUAGACCUGUCCCACUCCGAGGGUAUGAUAGACUUCAGGGCCCCGAAAUCGACCAGCAGCCAGGAAGCUGGGUUUUGCCUUUUCUUUCAUCAUAUGCUGAGGGCUCUUCUCAUCAAAUGGUGUCGGAUGCACAACCUCAAUCUUCGAAACAACAGGAGGUGGUGAAGUCUAAGGGAGAUGGCAGUUGCAAACUUUUUGGUUUCUCUCUCAUGAGUAAUCCUGUGGCAACAGAUCAAGCCAUGCUACAUACAAACUCUGUGCACGGGCCACAAGGGCAACGUAAUAUUGAUGCACAAGAUUUGAGCACUGACCCACUGUUGGAGCAACUGAAGGGUACAAGGUCAGGCGAGAUUGCCAUAGGAGGUGAUGAACAGGGCAGUCUUUUUCAAACUUCAGAACAGCUUCCUAGAGAUGUUGUGGGAAAGCAGUUGAGUGGUUCAGUCAGAAGUUGCGUUAAGGUGCACAAGCAGGGGAUUGCUGUGGGGAGGUCUUUGGACCUUAACAAAUUUAAUGGCUAUGAUGAAUUGAUUGCAGAACUGGAUCGUAUUUUUGAAUUUAAUGGUGAAUUAAUUGCUCCUAACAAAAACUGGAUGAUUGUUUUUACUGAUGAUGAGGGUGAUAUGAUGCUUGUAGGAGAUGAUCCCUGGCUGGAAUUCUGUAGUGUGGUCCGUAGGAUCUUUGUUUACACUCGCGAGGAGGUUAAGCGAAUGGAUCCACGACCCUUGAAUGUUAAAAUCAAGGAAAAUUCACUCACUGCAGAUCCAGAUGUUGGUUCGAAAGAGGACAAAAGAUUGACACAUCCUCCAGUAGCAAGUCCUUCGGAGGUUUAGUUGUGAGUUACAUGGAUGUGAAUAAGGUUAGAGGUGCUACUAAGUUCUGCAGACGUUAGUUCGAGAUUAAAUUGUUUGGUCUGUUUUUUUCUUUUUUUACUCGUUAAAUGAAUCUAAGAUGCAAAAUAGAGAUGGUAUUCUAAGUGCCCAACUAAUAUCCAAUCUCGUGUGGAAUGAUAUUGAAUUGACAAAGUAUUUAGUUGGUAUUGUCUAUCUUUCGAAUUUCUUAUGGAAUUGUUCUAUCAGGCUUCAUUUCACAUGUUGA